CGGGCACCAUGGGACAGUGUCGGUCAGCCAGUGCUGAGGAUGCGCAGGAAUUCAGCGACGUGGAGAGGGCCAUCGAGACCCUCAUCAAGAACUUCCACCAGUACUCUGUGGAGGGUGGGAAGGAGACGCUGACCCCCUCUGAACUUCAGGACCUGGUCACCCAGCAGCUGCCCCACCUCAUGCCGAGCAACUGUGGGCUGGAAGAGAAAAUCGCCAACUUGGGCAGCUGUAACGACUCUAAACUAGAGUUUGGGAGUUUCUGGGAGCUGAUUGGAGAAGCAGCCAGGAGUGUGAAGCUGGAAAGUCCUGUCCGGGGCAGCUGAGAACCUUUCCCUGGAAUUCUUGGGGGGAGGUGUUGGGGCCUAGAAAUAAAAUUCCUCUCUACCACCAGUAUGUGAUUCCCCGG